AAAAAAGGAAUGGAGAUUUUGAGGAGCAUAGCUAUUACAGUAUUAGCAGCGACCAUCAUCGUUCUUUCUUUCACAUUCAAUCUCACGAUCAAAAUCUUCACCGGAAAAUCAAGAAACGACAAGAGAUAUGCUCCGGUACAUGCCACGGUCUUCGAUCUUUUCUUCCACAGCCAUGAGUUAUAUAACUACGAGACAAAGAUCGCGAGGACAAAGCUUACUUUCAGGUUCUUGAGUCCGGGACAGAGCGAGAUAUUUACUGCAGAUCCUCGGAACGUGGAGCAUAUUCUCAAGACAAGAUUCCAUUACUAUAGUAAAGGACCAAGUACUCGUGAAAAUCUUGCGGAUCUUUUGGGGCAUGGGAUAUUUGCUGUUGAUGGUGAGAAAUGGAAACAACAGAGGAAGCUUGUGAGCUUUGAGUUCUCUACUAGGGUUUUAAGAGACUUUAGCUGCUCUGUUUUUAGGAGAAAUGCGUCAAAGCUUGUUGGUUUUGUCACGGAGUUUGCUCUCUCUAGAGAAGCUUUUGAUGCUCAAGAUAUGUUGAUGAGAUUUACACUGGACUCCAUCUUUAAAGUUGGGUUUGGUGUUGAGUUAAGAUGUUUGGAUGGGUUUAGCAAAGAAGGGGAAGAGUUCAUGAAAGCUUUUGAUGAAGGUAAUGUUGCAACUAGCUCCAGAUUCACCGAUCCACUUUGGAAGCUGAAACGUUUUCUCAACACUGGAUCGCAAUCAAGACUCAAGAAGAGCAUUGCUACUAUAGACAAGCUUGUCUACAGUCUCAUUACCACUAAAAGGAAAGAGCUUGCAAAGGAACAGAGUACUGUAAGUUCUCUAAAGUUUUACCCUCUCUUUUUGUUGUCGUUUUUAACUUUUUACUUGGCUUGUCCUUAGGCUGUUAGAGAGGACAUACUAUCGAGAUUUCUUGUGGAGAGUGAGAAAGAUCCGGAGAACAUGAACGAUAAGUACCUGAGGGAUAUAAUUCUGAGCUUCAUGAUUGCUGGGAAGGACACAAGCGCUGCAUCACUCUCUUGGUUCUUGUACAUGCUCUUCAUAAACCCACUUGUUCUGGAGAAAGUCGUACAAGAAAUAAGAGAUGUGACAUCAAGUCACGAGAAAACAACCGAUGUUGAUGGUUCCGUUGAAAGUAUAAACGAAGAGGCUCUUGAUCAGAUGCACUAUCUCCAUGCAGCCUUGUCUGAGACCUUGCGGCUUUACCCUUC